AUGAUUAACAGCAGCACAUCAUCGGCUUCGAGCAAAGCUAGAGGUAAAACCUCAACCAAGGAAGCCUACGAACAAAUUGGUAAGAAACUCCACGAAAAGAAAUUGUUGAUGGCAACCUUGAAGGAUGAAAUUACCGUAUUAAAGAACCAAAAUCCUAUAGACAAGGAUGCGAUCAAGAAAAAGGGAAAGGAAAUUGAUGAUUUGAACACAGAAAUUAGUCAAAUCACCAAAGAAUGGAAUAGAGCAAAUCCGGACAAGCUUCACAUUGACCCCGAGGAAUUUAACGAAUUGCUCACAAGAAGAUUCUUUGUUGUUCCUUCCUUUGAAAUUUAUGGUGGUGUGGCUGGUUUGUAUGAUUAUGGUCCACCAGCUUGUGCCAUCAAAGCCAACCUUUUGGACCUGUGGCGAAAACACUUUGUCAUUGAAGAAAAUAUGCUCGAGGUCGAUUGCAGUUCAUUGACUGUAGAGCCUGUUUUUAUUGCUUCCGGACACGUACAACGAUUUGCUGACUGGAUGGUCAAGGAUGUGCUCACAAAUGAAUGCUUCCGUGCUGACAAGCUCGUCGGUGAAUUCAUUGACACUCAGUUAGAGAAGAACCCAAACUUGUCUCAGGAAACUGCUGAAGAAUACCAUUUGGUCAAGAAGAAGAUUGACGACUAUGAUGGAAAGGGUCUCGAUGAAUUGAUCAAAAAAUAUGGCAUCAAGAGUCCAACAACUGGUAACGAGUUAUCAGAGGCAUAUCCAUUCAAUUUGAUGUUCUCGACACCAAUUGGUCCAACUGGUAAAGUGAAGGGUUACCUUCGUCCAGAGACAGCACAAGGUAUUUUUGUCAAUUUCAAGCGUUUACUUGAAUACAACGGUAAACAAAUGCCUUUUGCUUCCGCUCAAAUUGGUCAAGCUUUCAGAAAUGAAAUUUCUCCAAGAUCUGGUUUGCUCAGAGUAAGAGAAUUCACAUUGGCAGAAAUUGAACACUUCUUGAACCCAGAACGAGAUGUGCAUCCAAAAUUGGAACAAGUUAAGCACAUCAGAGUGCCAUUCUUCUCACGUGAAAACCAAACUCAAGGUUUAUCACCAAUUGAAAUGACAAUUGAAGAAGCAUUGGAAAAGAAAUGGCUCACCAGUUUCACACACGCUUAUUAUAUUGCUAGAGUUAAAAUGUUCAUGGAUCAAUGCGGAGUUUUGCCAGGUGCCAUUAGAUUCCGUCAACAUUUGGCCAACGAAAUGGCUCACUAUGCUCGUGACUGUUGGGAUUGCGAAUUGUUGACAUCUUAUGGUUGGAUUGAAGUGGUCGGUAUUGCCAAUAGAUCUUGCUACGAUUUGGAACGCCACUCUGAGCAUUCCAAGAACGAACUUGUUGCAUACGAAACAUUUGACAAGCCAAUUAUUGAAGAAUAUAUUGCCGUUGAACCAGUCAAGCAAAAGAUUGGUAAGAUUUUGAAAAAGGAUCAAGAACCAGUCAUUGAAUAUUUGACUUCGCUUCCUGAUGAAAAGAAGCUUGAACUUCAACGUGAAUUGGACCAGACUGGUAAGAUUACUAUCCGUGUGCCUGAACUAGACCGAGAUGUUGAACUUACAAGUGAUUUGAUUUCAUUCCCAAAGCGUGAGAACAAGAUUCAAGGUACACACUACAAUCCUGCAGUUAUUGAACCAUCCUUUGGUAUUGGUCGUAUUAUUUAUUGUCUCCUCGAACAUAGCUACUGGGUGAGACCAAAGCAAGAACACACGGAUGAAGACAAACUGCAAAGAUGCGUCUUGUCACUUCCACCAGUGAUUGCUCCCUACAAGGUUGUCGUUUUACCAAAGUUACAAAAUUCAGAGUACGAACCAGUUGUUGCCAAGCUCCAAAAACUACUCUCAAGAAAUGGUAUCAGCUACCGUGUUGACACUGCCAAUCAAAACAUUGGUAAGAGAUACGCUCGUGCCGAUGAUAUUGGUAUUCCAUUUGCCGUCACUGUUGACGAUGGCAGCGUGAGCGACGACACUGUCACAAUCAGAGAACGUGACUCGUGUGAGCAAGUCAUUGUGCCAAUGAAUGAAGUGGUCUCUGUGCUCACCAAUCUCAUUGAUAGCAACAAGACAUGGGAAGAAAUUAAACAACAAUAUCCAGAGCAAAAGCAAACUGCCUCAGAUAAGGUUGGUAAGAAACAAGUCAAAUAA